AUGGGUUCUCGUCAGGUCAAAUUGGAUUUCCCCCGUUUUCACUCAGGUGACCCCUCGACUUGGAUCAUUGCUGUGGAACGUUAUUUCUCUUUUUAUCAGGUACCCUUACCUGAUCAUUUAAACUUAGCUGCUUUCCACCUGGACGAACCUGCGGCAAGUUGGUUUCUCGGUUCUGACCAGAAUGGGUUACUAACGGAUUGGAGAACAUUUUGUGUUUCCCUUCACCGUCGGUUUGGACCAUCUGAAUUCAAAGAUCCUGCAGGUGCUUUGGUAAAACUUCACCAAUCUGGAUCUGUGCUGGACUAUCAGGCUCACUUUGAGAAACUGGUGAGUAAGGUUCCUGGGCUAUCUGCUACCUUACUGCGAAGCAUUUUUAUUUCGGGAUUAAAACUCCAGAUUCGCCGUUCUGGUUUAACGCAUAGACCUCAUGACUAUCACGAGGUUUUUGCUUUGGCACGUGUGUAUGAAGAUCAAUGUACUGAGUAUCGUUCUUCUAGACCUUGGCAAUCUUCUGCCAAACCUCUUACCCCUCCUGUCGUGCCAUCCUCCACCUCUAUUGUUCCAUCCACCACUAAGCCCAUUUUCGCUUUAGCCAUUCGCCGUUUAUCUCCAGCCGAAAUGCAACUAAAACGGGAAAAGAAUAUGUGUUACCCCUGUGAUAAACCUUAUUCCUUUGGGCAUAAAUGCAAGGGCCGUGCUACCUUGCUGUAUUUUGCGGGUGAUGAGGAUGAGUCUGAGUCAGAUUUUAUUCCUCUUGAAGAGGAACCCCCACCCAGUGAGAUUACCCUUGCUAUCAGUUUCAACGCUCUUUUUGGGCAUCACAGCUCGCGUUCAUUCCGUCUCCAGGGGUCGAUUCAAGGAAAAGGGGUUCAGGUUUUGGUUGAUGGGGGUAGCACCCACAACUUUAUUACUGCACGCAUGGCCUCCUUCAUUGGUUUAACGUUACAGCAAAUUUCGUCAUUCCAGGUCCAAGUGGGUAAUGGUGAGGCUCUCCCUUGUACGGCCGCUUGCCAUGGGGUCCAUUUGCUGCUUCAGUCUCAUGUUUUUGCGGUUGACUUGUUUGUAUUGGAUCUAAAAAGAGCUGGCGUCGUCAUUGGAAUUCAAUGGAUGGCAACGUUGGGCCCUAUAAUCACGGAUUAUAGCCGUUUGACGAUGUCUUUUUGUCACAAUGAUACUACUGUACUGUUGCACGGUGAUGAGUUCAAUUUACCUACCCCACUCACUAAUGCUCAAUUGCAUAAAUUAGUGGUUCAAGAUUCUAUAUCUUCCUAUUUCAUGUGUUUAUCUAGCACGACUCCCUAUGAUUCCCACCCCAAUACACCGCCCCAACCACCGCCCCAAAUUCAACAGGUUAUAAAUCAAUUCUUUGAUGUAUUCAGCAUUCCUAUUUCCCUACCUCCUGACCGACCCUUUAACCAUCACAUUCAUCUUUCUCCCAACUCCAAACCGAUACAAGUUCGUCCUUACCGUUACCCUCACUUUCAAAAGGCAGAAAUUGAACGGUUGGUGGCCGAAAUGUUAGACACUGGCUUCAUUCAACCCAGUCAGUCACCUUUUAGCUCUCAUGUUCUUCUGGUGCGUAAGAAAGAUGGCACAUGGAGGUUUUGUGUCGACUAUCGUGCCCUCAACACCAUUACCGUACCCGAUAAAUUUUCCAUUCCCACAGUGGACGAACUACUCGAUGAGUUGCAUGGAGCUCAAAUUUUUUCUAAACUUGAUUUGUGA